UCACUUCAUGGUACAAACGGCGCAUGGCCUGGGAGCGGGUUCUGCCGUGCGCUGUACGAAGAGGUAAUUGCAGGCUCAAGUUAUACAAUCUCUGCUGAUUUCUUCAACGUUCGCGGAAGGUCUAGUAGCCAGUCUUCUGGAGUUGGACAUCUUGGAAUAAUGUUCAACGCAAAGGACCUGAACAAUUUCGACUUCAUUUACUUCAGGCCCCACUGGGUCAACGGCUGCGUACAACCCGGAUAUGUCCAGACCAAUGUCGUCCACACUACGUCCACGUUCCCAUGCUCUAACGGCCCUCCCGCCACAGGAACCUGGUUCAACAUCAAAGUUGUCGUGACCGGAAGUCAGGCUUGUGUCUAUAGAGACGGAGUUCUCGUGCGCACCAUUUCCGGUCACUUUUCCGCUCUCGCAAGUGGUGGCGUGGUCGUUGCCAAUGGUUAUGACAACGUUAUUGAAUUCAAGAAUUUUAAUGUCGUGAAAAACUAGGCAUGCAGUUGUAAUGGUACUUGGCCCUAGCCUUUAGUACAAAUAUUAAA